CAACAACAACAACAACAGCAACAACAACAGCAGCAGCAGCAACAACAACAACAGCAGCAAAGCGUAUAUUCACGCAUUAUCUGGAUUAAGGAUUGAACAACUAAGUCAUGGGAUGGACCGUAUAUUAUCCGGUUGUACAACACAUCACCGCAACGGUUGCAGCAACAAUAACCACAGCAACAACAGCACAACAUUGAAUAAAUAUGAUGCUAGUACACUUAAUCUUCCCGAGGGCCUGUCAAUCGAGCAAACGACAAUAUCAGGCAUUGUGCACUGUGGUGUGUUUGUGAAUGUCGGAUGUUCCUUCGAAGUUGGUUGCAGGUUUGGUCCGUACGAAGGCAAGUCUGUGAACACCAGCGAGAUCAAGUCCAAGGAUGACAACAGCUUCAUGUGGGAGAUCUUUCAGGAGGAUGGCCAAUUAGGUCACUACAUCGACGCCAGAGGGACGGCCUCUAAUUGGUUGACCUACAUAAAUUGUGCCAGGUUUCCAUGGGAGCAGAACUUGGUUGCCUACCAACGAGAGAGCUCCAUUUUUUAUGAGGUCACGUGCAAAUUGAGUCAAGGUCACGAGUUGCUCGUCUGGUAUGAUAAUGAUUGCUAUCUACAAUUUAUGGGAAUUCCCCUGGCUACUAAAAAUAGAAAUGUCAAUAGCAAGGAGGCUAAAAAUAAUUCAAAGGGUAGAAUUCAAGAAACCGAUAUCGGAAGCGGAAGCAAGAAUGCUACUGAAGAGAGUGAAAAUUCAGAGGGCUACCAGUGCGAGAGGUGUGGCAAGGUGUUUGCCUACCUGUACUACAGAGACAAGCAUCUCAAGUAUACCAGGUGUGUUGAUCAGGGAGACAGGAAGUUUCCCUGCCACAUGUGCUCCAGAUCAUUUGAGAAGAGAGACAGACUUCGCAUCCACGUGUUGCACGUUCAUGAGAAGCACAGGCCUCAUAAAUGUCUCGUCUGCUCAAAAAGUUUCAGCCAGUCAUCCAGUCUCAAUAAACAUAUGAGGGUGCACAGCGGGGAACGACCUUACAAGUGCGUCUACUGUAGUAAGGCCUUCACUGCUUCCAGCAUCCUCCGAACUCACAUCAGACAGCAUUCGGGGGAGAAGCCAUUUAAAUGCAAACACUGCGGCAAGGCGUUCGCUUCCCAUGCGGCACACGACAGCCACGUGCGUCGGACACACAGUAGCAAGGUGAAGGUCGCAUGUACGCACUGCGCUGCACAGUUCAACAACGUGCAGGAACUGAACAUACACCUGAAGUCCCACCACCAUCAACAACAACAACAUCAACAACAACAACUACAUCAUCAUCGUCUUCUUCAACAUCCUCAGCCACAACAUCAUUAUCAACAUUCGCAACAAAAAACUGCAACAACUGUACAUUUAGAAGCAAGCGUCCAGAAAGGAAAAUUAAUGAAUGAUGACGAUGAAGACGACGAUGAUGGCGAUUUUGCUAACGAUGAUGUUGAUAGCCCUUGUAAUAAUAAUGCUUCUUAUCAUUUGAACCGCACACACGCCAGCCAUAACAUCAACACUCAUAGCAGCAGCAGCAACAACAACAACAACAACAACAAUAUAAGCAAAAGCAACAAUCUCGUUAGUACAAACAUAACAAACAACAACUAUUAUGGUAGUGUUAAAACAUUCUUCAACAACAAUUACACUAACAACAAAAACGAAAACAACAACAACAACAUGCUUGUUAAUAGUACCGUGUGCAACAACGAUGUCAUGAAUAUUAAUUAUGACGAAUACUUGGAUGUGGUUGGUUCAGAGAGUGAAGAAGAUGAUGAAAACAACGAUGUGGCUCGUUUGUGAUUGGUCGAUGAUAAUAAUAACUUUGUUACCUGAUUGGUUGAUACUAAUUUAGACUGUGAUGAUGACCGAUAAUUUUGUCUUUAAAUUUGAAGUAGCAUUACCUGAACGAAUUUUGUGAUUGUGUAAUCCCAUUUUGUUUAUUUAUUUAUUUUCAAGAAUGAAAAAACUCCAUUAUUUAUUUA